CACUGCAAUGUUGUUGUCCGAAAACAAAAAAAAAAACAAUUAGCUGGAAAGAGCAAGUCUACUAAAAGAGCUAUCAUAAAUUGUAUUUAUUAAGUUUAGGCGUAAAGAUUAGUGCGAAUACUCAGCGGGACGAAAAAUGCAAAGCGUUCUUAACACCGUGAAAGGCACGGCGCUUAAUGUGGCCGAAUAUCUAACGCCCGUUUUAAAGGAAUCAAAAUUCCGCGAGACGGGUGUUCUUACUCCGGAGGAGUUCGUGGCCGCCGGAGAUCACUUGGUGCACCAUUGCCCGUCUUGGCAGUGGGCCGCCGGCGAUGAAACCAAGACGAAACCCUACCUACCAAAGGAUAAGCAAUUUCUGAUAACGCGCAAUGUUCCGUGCUAUCGUCGCUGCAAGCAGAUGGAGUACGUCGGCGAGGAGACGCUGGUGGAGGAAGAGUCCGGCGACGGCGGUUGGGUGGAGACCCACCAGCUGAACGACGACGGUACCACGCAGCUGGAGGACAAGAUCUGCGAACUGACAAUGGAGGAGACAAAGGACGAAAUGCACACUCCAGAUAGUGACAAAUCAGCCCCAGGCGCAGGAGCCGAGGUCGACGACGAAGACGAUGACGAGGCCAUUGACAUGGACGACUUCGAGGAGAGCGGCAUGCUGGAGCUGGUCGAUCCGGCCGUGGCGACCACCACGCGCAAGCCGGAAGCAGAGGAAAAGACCAGUCCAGUGGCUGCCGCAUCGGGCGAGGCGGAGGCCAGCGGUGGCGACUCGGUGCUCCACACUCGCACCUACGACCUGCACAUCAGCUACGACAAGUACUACCAGACGCCACGCCUCUGGGUGGUCGGAUAUGAUGAGCAGCGCAAGCCACUGACCGUGGAACAGAUGUACGAGGACGUCUCGCAGGAUCACGCCAAGAAGACGGUCACCAUGGAGUCGCAUCCGCAUCUUCCAGGCCCCAAUAUGGCGUCAGUGCAUCCCUGCCGGCAUGCGGAUAUUAUGAAGAAGAUUAUCCAGACGGUGGAGGAGGGCGGCGGCCAGCUAGGAGUGCAUUUAUACUUGAUCAUAUUCCUGAAGUUCGUUCAGACCGUCAUACCAACCAUCGAAUACGAUUUUACGCAAAACUUUAACAUGUCUUAAGACCGCCAUGCUUUUCAAUAUUGACGCAAUAAAAUACAAGUUUCUGAACCAAAAAUCGAAUAAAGAUUUGGGCAAACAGCUUAAAAAAUCGGA